UCAGAGCCUCCCUGCACUGAUGACAACAAACCAAGCCAAGUCCAAUGUCCUGACUUAGUCCCAGACCAAAAGCACAAAAGUACCAGCAGUGAUGGUCCUGCACCUGCAUUUUUAGGUUCCAUCCCAGUGUCAGAGACACAAACGCCCCCAGUGUCUCCAUCACAAGUCUUCAUCCAGUACGAGUGUGCACCUCCUCUUACCGUCCCACCGAAAACACCCCCUCAGUCUGCCUGUGUCAGUCACGCUGCCGCUCACACUGAGGAGAAUGUAGCAGGUCUCAGAUCGGAGGAUCCCAGUUGCCGUGACUACUGUCAGUCAGAGGCCCGCGACUGUGGGAGUGGCCAAGCAUUGCCGCCUGGAGACUGUGGGAGAAGUCAGCCAUCAAACCCAGGAGACAGUGCUGGUAGUAAAGCCUCUGAACCAGAAGAUCGUGGGAGGAGCAACGCAUUACAACCAACAGAUAUUGGGUGUGAUCUAGAGCAUUGUGGGAGUUUCCAUUCUCGAGAUCUACCGACUGUUUUAAUAACAGGCUCAGAUAAGGAAGGAGGGGGCCACGAGUUGUACUGCUUUCCCUGGGUUCAGACUGAACAGCAGUUGGAGGAAUCCCCUACCCAACCCACUCCAGCUGAGAGCCCCUUUUUUUUUCCCCUGACACGACCCCGUGCCCCACAGCCCCCCGUAAUGCCAGUCCUCCCUGAAGAAGAGGAGGAUUCCCCUGAGGAGCUCGACAGUUCCUCCAGCUCACCCAGCACAUAUACACCAGUUGAAAGUAGAGCAGUUACCGUGGCGAUGCCUGCUCCCACCAUUGUCUUCCCAAAGCAAGCGACUGUGACCGUGGUCCAAGCAGACGGUCGCCCUCUGGAACAGACCAGACCACACAGUCCCAGACCUCGCUUGUCCCGAAACUCCCUGGCAGGACCCAUCACUACAGUCGACAGUACAGGCAAUGUGAUAGACCUGGUGAAAGACCAUCUGCCUGAGCUGCAGCUCUCGGAGGAGGACCGUCAGAAGAACCUGGUGCUACUGCAGGAGGCCAAGAAAGUCAGCGACCGCUUCCUGAGCCGCAGGGGCCGAAAGUCCACCUGCAGCCUCUCUGAAUCCCCCACAGGUCUUUCUCCUAACCACACACCAUCCUCCUCACCUGUGCCGUCCAGAAGCAGCUCUCUUAUCACAGCCCCUCAAAUAGCUGUAGCCACAGAGGUGAACUAUGCCCCCUCGUCGCCUGUCAGCCUGCGAUUGGAGGUUCUGUCUGCGAGGGAGCAGGCUGAUACCAGUACACCGGAGCAUGAGAGCACCAGGAGGUUGGUGGACUGGAAGCCCAAUGAGAAGCGUAAGGUGUCCUCAGGCACCCUGGCUCCUCGCUACUCUGUUCCCCCACCCCCCAGGGAGCCCAGUGGGGGCCAGAAGGAGAACUUUGACCCCCGGGUAACAGCUAAGAAUUGCCCAGCACCAGUACUAGUCAAUAAGCCAGAGGAGGUUCUGGCCCGAGCCCCCAACCAGGCCCCUGCCACUGGGGUGGCCAAGCCUGUCCCUCGGCCCCCCACUCAGCAGGCCCCCUGCACAGCAGAGAUCAAGACCAUCGGGGCCUUUCCUCCCCUAAUGAGAGCUGUGUCCUGGGACACUGUUGGAACUCUCAACGCCAGAAAUGGGGCACCAAGUCUCCCCUCUACAAACGAGGAAACCUUCUCCUUUCAAGACAAGACCCGGGAUGCCCUGCUCAUGUCCUCUGGGUACAAGGACUUCCCUGUACAGCCUGUCAACGUGCAGAAGCUGUCCAAAAUAAGAGAGGAGCACAAGCUGAUGCGGAACCAAAGCAUUGUGGGGUCAAAGUUGGCAGACUUGAGUGAAACAGCUGAACAGGAAAGAGGGUCUCCUACUGAUGAGGAGGCUAAAGAGAAGUCAGAUGCCAUGCCCAACAUCUCAGACAUCAUGCUGAGGAAACUCAAACUGCACAGAGGGCUACCAGGCUGUGCACCUCCACUCACGGAAAAAGAAGUUGAGAACGCGUUUGUUCAACUUUCGCUGGCAUUCCGGAAUGACAACUACACUCUGGAGACACGGCUCAAACAGGCGGAGCGGGAGCGGACCCUGACCGAGGAAAACACGGAGAAGGAACUAGAAGAAUUCAAAGGCUCUCUGAAGUGCACGGCACCACAGUGGAGUAACAUGGAGCAGCGGGAGUCCUACCAGUGCCUCAUAGAGACAGUAGCAGUACUGCACCGUCUGGCCACCAGGCUCUCCAGCAGAGCUGAGAUGGUUGGAGCAGUCAGACAGGAGAAACGUAUGAACAAGGCCACAGAGGUGAUGAUGCAGUAUGUGGAGAAUCUGAAGAGGACCUAUGAGAAGGACCACGCUGAGCUGAUGGAGUUCAAGAAGCUGGCCAACCAGAACUCUAGUCGCUGCUAUGGAGGAUCCAUAGACACUGGAGAUGAUGGAGUCCCACGGCCAUCCAGGUCCAUGUCCCUGACCCUGGGAAAGGCUUUGCCCAGGCGGAGGGUCAGUGUUGCGGUGGUCCCCAAAUUUAACCUCCUGAACAUCCCUGGUCAGACCCCGGUCAUGGCAGGUCCCGGCCCCAGCGUUGCCAUGGGACCCAGCCCCCAACUCACCAUGGGCCAAGCACUUCCUGUCCUGUGUGAAGCCAACAGUAUGAAAAGCAACUUUCCCACUGAUACUACACAGCCAGCUAUAGCUGGAAGUGGAAAGAGUGUGGCAGAGCAGGAAGCUGAGCCAUCUGCCCCAGCCAAGCCCUCCAUCAACCUAGAGGAGAUCAGAUCAGAGAUCAAGGCAAAGAUCGAGGAGGAGGCCUACAAUAAAGGCUACCAAGAGGGACUGAAGAGAAGUAAAGAAGUCAAAGAGGUGGAGGAGGAGGAGGAGGAGGAGGAGGAGGAGAAGGUAGAGAAAAAUCCAGAAAAGAAGGAUGAAAGAAAAGAAGUCAGCAGAAAAGAAAAGUUCAACAGUAAGGUUGAAGAGGUCCUAGUUGUCCUUGACCGGCUUUGCCCCAAGAUUUUCCGCCGUAACCGACUUCUCUGGAUUGUUUUGACAUUGUUCCUGAUCACGUUCCUGGCCGUCAGUGUUUUCACAUACUUUAGUGAUCGCUAUAACAACCAUGGAGACAUGUCGGCAGAAAAAGCCAUGGUUCAGGGCAAGAAGAAGAUCUUUGGACUGAAUGUAGGAGUACAGCCAAAGAAUCCCACUCCAGAAUAACAAAGAGCCUGUCUCAUACUUCUCUCAGUCCAUAGACUCUUUUUUCCAUGAUACAUCAAGAGCUGAACUUGAAUAUAG